UCAAUAAGGGCGCGCAUGCUCAGUGGUGCCUUUGUGUGGUUGACUGCAGAGCCAACUAGCAAGGUAGCAGCAACGGCUAGCUUCAAACAUUUAGACGACACAGAGGUAGCUAGCAGGUUAGCCGAGCAGCUAAUCAUGGUGAAUGUAAAGAAGCGGAAAGGUCGAGUCGUGAUUGACUCUGACUCCGAAGACAGUGCUAGCGACGAUAAUUUAGAUCAGGAGCUGUUGUCGUUGGCAAAGAGGAAGAGGGUUGAUUCAGGUGAGCAGGAAGAACCGGUUAGCAAGCCUGCUGCUUCUACAGACUCAGAGACAUCUGACAGUGAUGAUGAGUGGACUGUGGGUGGCACCAAAGGCAAAAAGAAAGUUAAGCAAGGGAAAGGGUCUGAGAAGAAGAACGCUACGAAGAAAAAGGUUAAUAAAGCGACAGCAUCUGGCAGCUCUGAUGGAGACAGCUCAGCUGAGAGCUCUGCACCUGAGGAGGGCGAGGUGUCUGAUUCAGAGAGCAACAGUUCGUCCUCCAGCUCAGACUCGGACUCUUCUGAGGACGAGGUGUUCAGGGAUGGCUAUGACGACGACUUGAUGGGAGACGCGGAGGACAGAGCUCGCCUGGAGCAGAUGACGGAGAAGGAGAGAGAGCAAGAGCUGUUCAACAGAAUUGAGAAAAGAGAGGUGCUAAAGAGACGGUUUGAAAUUAAGAAGAAGCUGAAGACCGCAAAGAAGAAAGAGAAAGAGGAGAAGAAAAAGAAGCAGGAGGAGGAACAAGAAAAAAGGAAGCAAUCUCAGGUUCAAGACACACAAGUGGUCAUGUCACACAACAAGGAGAGACGAUCCAAACGUGACGAAAAACUUGACAAAAAGUCCCAGGCCAUGGAAGAACUAAAAGCUGAACGCGAGAAGAAGAAAAACAAAACAGCGGAACUGCUGGCCAAACGUCAGCCCCUGAAGACGAGCGAGGUUUACUCUGACGACGAGGAGGAAGAGGAGGAAGACGAUGACAAGUCGUCAGUCAAAAGUGAUCGGAGCUCACGUUCAUCGUCUUAUGAUGAUGAUGAAAAAGAGGAAACUCCACCAAAGUCGCAGCCUGUUUCACUACCUGAUGAGCUCAACAGGAUCCGCCUGUCCAGAAACAAGCUGGAACGCUGGUGCCACAUGCCCUUCUUUGCUAAGACUGUGACCGGCUGCUUUGUGAGGAUAGGGAUCGGGAACAGCAGCAGUAAACCAGUUUAUAGGGUUGCUGAAAUUGUGGAUGUGGUGGAGACAGCGAAAGUUUACCAACUUGGAUCAACGAGAACAAACAAGGGAUUACAAUUAAGACAUGGCGGUGACACACGGGUUUUCAGGCUUGAGUUUGUAUCAAAUCAGGAGUUUACAGAAAGCGAGUUUAUGAAGUGGAAAGAGGCGAUGAUGGUUGCUGGGAUGCAAGUCCCAACGCUUGACGAAAUCACCAAAAAGGAGCAGUCCAUCAAAGAAGCUCUGAACUACAAGUUCAAUGACAAAGACAUAGAGGAUAUUGUUAAAGAAAAGGACAGAUUCCGAAAAGCACCACCGAAUUAUGCCAUGAAGAAAACGCAGUUACUCAAAGAUAAGGCCAUGGCAGAAGAGAGCGGAGAUGGAGAGCGAGCGAAGGUGAUCCAAGAUGAGCUGAACGAGCUCGAGGAAAGGGCAGAAGCACUUGACAGACAGAGGACCAAGAACAUCUCUGCCAUCAGCUACAUUAAUCAGAGGAACAGAAGCUGGAAUAUCGUUGAAUCUGAGAAGGCUCUCGUGGCUGAAGGACAAAAUGCCAAAAACCAACAAAUGGAUCCUUUCACGCGAAGACAGUGCAAACCCACUAUGGUUUCAAAUGCGAGAGACCCGUCAGUCCACGCAGCUAUUCUUGCUCAUCUCAACCAGAAGUACGGCUCUGGGUCAACACCAGAUCCCUCCAGUGCAGAGAAGAACAAACUGGGACAAACAAACACGAAAGACAAAGAUAUCCCCAAGCCAACCACUGACCUCUCAGAGGACUUGUUUAAAGUUCAUGAUUUUGACGUUAAGAUCGACCUACAGGUUCCCAAUGCAGAAGCAAAAUCUCUGUCCGUGAGCUCCAAUGCGCUGCCGGUGAAGGACGGCGCUCCCCGCAGGUCCCUCAACCUGGAGGACUACAAGAAGAGGAGGGGGCUGAUCUAAUGUGGCCAGUCCACCAUUCAGAAACCACAUUGCAUGUGUAACUGGCUGUGCAAGAGAGAAUGUGUGGGUGUGUGUGCUUGAGAGAGAGAGUGCGUGUGUGUGUGUGUGUGUGUGUGUGUGUGUGUGUGUGUGUGUGUGUGUGUGUGUGUGUGUGUGUGUGUGUGUGUGUGUGUGUGAAUGACUCCUGGAGGAUGUGUGUUUGAAUGCUGAUACAGCAGACUGUCUAUCCAAACACAGAGGAAAUAGUGAUUGAGCAAAGACAACAUUUUUCUCAAAGGAUCUCUCUCAGAAGAACCUUGUCCAGAUGUUUGUUGUCUUGUUAUUUUCACAUUAUUGGACACAAACUCGUAUACUGAGUUGUGUUUUUUAUGUAUUUAACUCCUGUCCCCCUCUUUUGGAUCUUCUGGAGUCCACUCCUUUUUUUUUUUCCUUUUUCUUUUUUUUUAUUUCUCAAAAUGACUCUGCGCUUGUGGAUUAUUACCUUGAACAAGGAGGACACUAUUUUAGAAGACUUAGAUUGUUUUGAAAUUACUGGACUGGACAUCUAAUGGAGUUGACCAGCAAAUAAUUACUGUUGUAAAUGCCCCCCCCCCCCCCCAACAAAGUGUGUGAUCAUCUGCCCUUCCAGUCCAUCCUAAAUUUGAGCAGCCUCCUGUAUUUUUGCGGCGUGUAGAUGAUCACCAUCUGUGACCCGACAGUGACGCCGGCUCUCCAUGACCAAUGUGAGAAGUUCAGUACAUGUCAUCUGGACAUUUAAUCACUUUUUAAGUCUUUGAAACAACCCAAUUUAAGAGGAACCCUUUUCUAUGGCUGGCCUGGUUAUAAACGUGUUGCUUCAUUUCUCUUAUCUCUUGGUUGGUUGUCCACGGGAUAACUCCCUUUCCCUUAACUCCCAGACCAGAUUCUAUGUGUUAUCGAUUGUGUCCAUAGUCAGUUCCUGUAUUGAUGUGGCAUGCCAUGUAAAUAUGCAUUUUGGAGUGAGUGCGGAAAAAAUAAAGAGGCACUGUUUCAUA